CCUGAAGGCAGCACGUCUUGGCCGCUCCCCAGCCAUCCCCUCUCCACUCCGACCGAGCUGGAGCCCCGGAGUCUGAGCCUACACCGCGGCGUGGCAUGAGCAGACAGACCGCCAUUCGAAGAUGAUGUGGAGCGUGUUGCUGCUGCUGGCUGCUGCCCUCCCUGUGGAGUCCUAUACUGUCGUAGACCUCCAUGAGCGUUUGGCCCAUGGUCGCCAGCUGAAGAUCUACCUGCCCAAGGGUGUGGACACGCUGGACUUCGUCCCCGCGGAUGAGCCCGGAAAGACCCUCCGCUACUGGGAGAGGGGUAGAGUGAGUACGUCCAGAGGCAGAGUGUCUGGCACCGGCACCGACCGACGCUGGUACAUCGACAAGGUGACCUAUGAGGACCAGGGGACAUACAUCCAGAGAGACUAUUGGAACAAAGAGAUUUCCACAGUCAAAGUGGCCGUCACAACCAGAUACAACUAUGUGAAGUGUGUUGCGGGAGAGAGUCUGGACAUCUCGCUGGAGGGCAUCGACCUGGCCGACGCUGCGCUCACCUACUCUGGGGAGGCUGCCAACGUCACGCUGGUGCAUGAUGGUGCUCCGGUGUCCCAGGACCUUCCGGAUUAUUGGGACCGGGUUAAGACCCACUCCAUGAACAUCGAGAUCAGGAAUGUUAACACCAGCGAUGUGGGCCGAUACACCCUAAGAGACCGCAAGAACCGGUUGGUGUCUAUUACCAGGAUGGACCUGACAGACCACCAUGAGCACACCGGGGGAAGCCCGCUCAUGGCUCUGCUCUUGCUGCUGGGCAUCCCCGCUGGGAUCUGCUGCUGCUGUCGGAAGAAGAUUUUCACGAAGAAAUCCGGCACCGCUGGAACACUAGAGGCCACACCAUACACGGCCCAGCCUCCCCCCAGCGGUCCUGUUGGACCGUGUCCUCCCUACGGCGGCCCCGGGGCCCCAGGAGUGGUGUACUACCACGGCACGGAUCCCAGCACGGUACAUCACACACAUACACAAACACACCACACACACACACACACACACAUACACACACAAUUCUUAUUUUUAAUUUUGAAUUUAUUUCAUCACACAUAG